AUGGCAAGGAAGGCCAUCGCCCAGUCGCUCCACAUCGGCAAGGCCUCAGAAGCCGGCGGCGGGUGCCACGCCCCGACUCUCGGCGGCCCUCCGAGCCUGACCGGCAGCGCCCUCCCGGACCUGACCGCGCCGAUGGAGCGGGUGCCGGUGACCCCCGGCCUGAUCCCCGCCGCCACCAGCCCCCUGCCGGACCUGACCGCGCCAGUGGAGCGGGUGUCGGUGACCCCCGGCCUGAUCCCGCCGCCGCCGCCCCUGCCGGACCUGACCGCGCCAGUGGAGCGGGUGCCGGUGACCCCCGGCCUGAUCCCGCCGCCGCCGCCCCUCACUGUGCCCCCGCACAGCGCCGACCGCGUGGCGCUGCAGGUGCCGCACGCCCGCUCCGGCGGCCUCUACUACGCCCUCGGUGGUGGCCGCAUGGACUCGCUCUCCAUCCUCGCCAACAAGGAGCGCACCAAGCGCUUCCUGGAGCGGCGGAUCCAGGAGGCGCCGCCAUCCGGCUACGACAGCAAGGACAAGGAGAGCCUGGCCGAGGAGUCCAACAGCUCCGGCCUGGGCUCGGAGCGGGCCGCUGAGCCGGCCGGCCGCCGCGCCGUCUCCGUCCGCCCGUACGAGGACCAGGACGACAACGAGCACGAGUGGACCUCCUUCUCCAGGUGA